GAGACUCAGGAGACCUUGAUCCUGUCGACAUCGUCUUGUCUUUCAUCUGGAUCUUUUAGAAAAAUCAUCAAUAUCUAUUGCUAACAAUGCACAUAGCAUGGCACAGUAAUCCCCAAGGAUUUCAUCAGUCACUUGCUAGAUUUAUUUACAACACCACGCGCUUUGAACCGUUACAUUUUGUCAUUAAAUAGGCUUAUCGGCGCGAGUUCCUGCUUACCGUGCCAACCUUGUUCUUCAAUGUGAAACGAAACGUCUUUGAAUAUUGAGAUCUUGAUGAGUUACUUUCGCGCUCUAUUGAGUUGUUGUUCGCCUAUCAUGAGGCAAUGGCGUACCGUCUCAGAAGCCCCAGUCACAUUGGCAUAUUGUUCUUGAUUGUCCUUGUUUGCGUUUACCUAUAUGAUAAGCAGUCUACGAAUUUACGAUCCUCAAUCCUUCAAUUCUCGGUCAAUGAGCAGACGUCUUCUGCAGACAUUCUCCAGUCGCUUUCAUUGACAGAGGACCAAUGUCGAGCAGCUUUCCCAGGCUUGACGAAAGAAAUUGACGAUGCAGUGGCUCGAGGACCGUUUCCUCUGAAGAGACAGCCGGGCCACUAUACUGGGCUUGUGCAAGGAAGAAUAAAGGAUGGAAAGAUAUUCAUCAUUUCUGCGGACCCAAACCCUUCCCAAAACAUGCUCCAGGAGCGAACGUCAGUCUUGCACCAAAUUCACCGUGCAAUUGCUACUUCUCCCUCGCCUCUUCCGAACACUAUUUUCGCAUUCAAUAUACUAGAUACUCCAAUGAAUAAUUCAUGGACAUUCUCAAGACCGAACGACCCUAAUAUUGAAAAUGGAAACUACUGGGUUAUGCCGCACUUUAGCUUUUGGUCAUGGCCAGUUUCCUUUAUUGGAACUGUCGAUCAAGCAAUAUCCAAGAUUGAUCGCAUAGAGAUGGAUAAACAUUGGACCGAGAAAAUUGACAAAGCGGUAUGGAGGGGAACGGGAUGGUUCAAUACAGUCGGUAAUAAGGACUCGCGACCAAGUUUGGUUCUCAAGGGUAAAGAUAAGGAAUGGGCAGAUAUAGAAGCUCUUAAAUGGACCACAAACGGCGAAAGUGCUGAAAAUGCUAUCGGGAUAGAGGACUUUUGCAAGUACAAGUAUAUUGUUUAUACGGAAGGCAUAACCUACUCUGGGCGUCUACUUUUCCAUCAGGCGUGCGCUUCCGUUAUCCUCACACCACCACCAACCUAUUUACUUCACCAUACACAUUUCAUGCGUCCCAUAUUUUCAAAAACAUUCUUUCCGGCGCGUGAAAAAUCUUCCGAAUUUGAAUAUGACUGGACAACUCGCUGGCCCAAGACCUACGGACCAAGUGAAGCGAACAUCAUAUUUAUUGAACCCGACUGGUCAGACCUUGAGGAAACAAUCAUGUACUUGCGGAACCAUCCUGAGAUAGCCACUGGUAUUGCUGAAAGACAAAGGGAACUUUUCACAAGAUACUUGUCCCCAGCUUCUGAGGCUUGUUAUUGGAGAGCUCUUAUACGUGGUUGGAGUAAAGUUGCUAAACCAAACUAUGAAGAUGACGGUUGGGCUAAAUGGGAUGCAGAAGGGAUCGAAGAUGGCGAGGGAAUGAGGUGGGAGACAUUCAGUCUACUUGGGAAAGUACCCCAGAACUGAAGCUCGCCGCGGAAAUGGGAAUCUCUGUUUUAGGAUCGGCGCAACCUAUUGUAUAUAGACAAGGUCCCAUUAUUUAACGAUUUGAGUUACCGUUUAUCAUUCUAGUUUUCCAUGCCAGUUCCAAAAACAAAAACUUUGCAUAUCACAUACUGCGAUUGCAACUGUCCAGCUUUCUGAAGCUACCUAUCACGAACAGUCCUUGAAGAUUUCCAUGCUGAAAACUUGAGCACGUUGAUCAUGGAAGAAGUGGAGACUAAAUGUCAAAAUAGCUUUACCUUUCACGAGUUUGUUAGUCUUGAUCUUAAUAGCAGAGUCUGCAGUAAGGAACACUUGCAUUCUCCGAUGCAACUGCCUGCGUUAAGUAUCGUCGGAAUCAAUUACAUGGAGAAUUGUUCCCGGAUAUUCGAUAGAAGGAAUCAAUGAAAAUACAGUAAUUGAAACUCUUGGCA